UGUACCCCACUUCAGCCAUACAUCAAUCAGAUCAUGCAGCCCACUGAUGGAGACUUUAAGUACGGAGACGUGUUCAGUUUUACAUGUGAGAGUGGAUACCAGCCAGCCGAUCCAAAUGUUCCACAGACACAACGGCUACGAUGUGGACAUGACCCAGGUCAAUCACAAGGACGCUGGGAGGGCACUAGAGUGGCAUGCUCAAGGAUACAAUGUGGUCAGCUGCAUGCACCCGCGCAUGGAUCAAUAAGCUGCAAUGCCUCCAACUGGUAUCAGUCUGAAUGCACGUUUACAUGUAUUCAGGGGUACAUCCUGAAUGGUUCUCCAAGCCGACACUGCCAAAAUGACAAGCAGUGGACAGGGACUGAAGCGUUUUGUGAGGCCAUAACUUGUGCACGACUCAACCCACUACCCAAUGUGGUAGCAUACCCAAGCAACUGUACCAUGAGCAAAACAAGCUACCUUGACAGCUGCAUUUUCUCCUGCAAACCUGGAUAUAGCAGUACCAACGGACAGACGACUCUAGUGACUACAUGUGUCGCUUCCCCGAUCCCUGGCAGCAGCGACGGGACGUGGACAGAACCAAUCGAUGGCUUUACCUGUGAAGAUACAACACCUCCAAGCAUAAUAUGCCCACGUGACAUCAGAGCAGACAACGACCCGGGUCUGGACAGUGCCGAGGUGACCUGGGCAGCACCAGUUGCUACAGACACCACUGGAGUUACACCUGUGAUCCUCAGCAGCGUUACACCGCCACAUAGGUUCUCAGUUGGAAAACACAUCGUUAACUACACAGCAAUAGAUGAAGCAGACCUUAUGCAUUCAUGUGACUUUGAAAUAGAAAUAAAAGAUGUCGAACCACCAACGCUGUUGAGCUGCCCAGAUGACAUCAUUGCUUCUGCAGAGGAACGUAAGAUAAAGGUUUAUUGGGAAGAACCCUACUUUGUGGAUAAUGCAGAUGAAGACUUGAGUGUUUUCAAGUCACAUGAAAACGGAACAGAAUUCUGGUGGGGUACCCACAUCGUUGAGUAUCGUGCAACAGAUAAUGGAGACAAUACCAAGACAUGUGACUUUACUAUAGAUGUUGCUCCCCAUAGGUGUGAGCACUAUCGACCGCCUGUAAACGGAGCUACAGCAUGUGACACCUGGCUAUAUGGGCGAUUCUGCACAGUACUUUGCAACCAUCUCUACGAGUUUGCAACAAGCCCAGCUCAACUCUAUGUCUGUGGUGGAUCAGGGGACUGGAGUACCUUCCCACCUGGUUACUCACUCCCCUGGCCAGAUUGUUCUGAACGAAGGGAUCCCAAUGAAGUUCACAAAGGUCUGGAGUCACAGUAUUUCGUGGGUGACUGCCAUAACGAAAGUACUCAACUCAGCAUCAAGGAGCAGUACCUUGAAAUCCUGCAAGGUUCAAUAUUCGGCAUGAUGGGAGCUUGUACGGAUGAGGAUGGGAACAGCCCCUGCCUUGUAGAAAAUGUGGUGGUCUACUGUGGUGACGUAGAUGACACAAUCUCAAGGCAUAAACGUGACCUGCUGAGUAGAGGCUUCAACCAAGUGGCAAGAAUUCGCUACAAUGUAGCAGUGCAAGUCUUAAACAAAACUGAUGAUGACGACAUGAGCCUUCUGAACUACAAUCACAUCAAGAACACUAUUGAAGAAAUCGCUCUAUCCGUUGAGCGAGAAACACGUCAGGGUAGUUUGCAGAUAAACCUUGACAACACCAUCAUCACCCCUGACACCGAGUUCUUCCAUGCUGAGGAAACAAAGCCAGUGUGUACAAAUGGGACCUUCCUGAGGACUGUUGGAACACGAGAUCUUUGCAUUAAUUGUGCUCUUGGGAGUUUCUACAAUGUUUCAACUGGUGUGUGUGAUCUUUGUAAGUCUGGCACCUUCCAAGAUGAAGAAGCUCAGCUAGAGUGUAAAACCUGUGAAGAGGGAUAUUCAACUGUUGGCGAUCACGCUACCAACUUCACAGAGUGUAGAGAAAUUUGCAAACCAGGAACAUUCUCUACUACCGGUCUUGCUGCCUGUAAAGAUUGUCCAGAAGGGUUGUAUCAGCCAUAUUCCCAACGGCAAACAUGUCUAACAUGUCCACAACACACGACAACAUUUUAUCCUGGCGCAACAUCACAAGACAGCUGUCAAAUGGUCUAUGCUGCUGGUUCCUUUUCGGCGUCUGGUAUUGAGCCAUGUAAGCCUUGUCCGAAGGGAACAUACCAGCCAGAUAAAAGGAAGAAGAAAUGCAUUGAGUGUCCAGGGAUACGGUCUACUGCAACCAUUGGUGCCAUGUCAGCUCUGGAAUGUGUUGACAUAGAUGACUGCCAGAGCAAUCCAUGUGUAAAUGGGGCAACUUGUGUUGAUGGAAGGGACGCCUACACCUGCAAAUGUCCAUUAGGCUUCACAGGUGCCUUGUGUGAAAUUGACAUCAAUGAAUGUUCCCAAAAACCCAUGUGGCUUCAAUGCCACUUGCUUAGACAGAGUGAAUGCAGUUGACUGCGUAUGUCCUCAUGGCUACUUUGGUGACACAUGCGAAUAUGAAAAAGAUGAAUGCAGCUCAAGCCCCUGCCUCAACAAUGCAACAUGUUUUGAUGAGGACGAUGGCUUCCGAUGCUUCUGUGCUGAUGGAUAUACUGGGAAGUUCUGUGAAACAGAAAUAGAUGAAUGCAUGGCUGCUCCUUGUUUGAAUGGUGGUACAUGUGUGGAUCACCUUAGUCGUUACAGCUGUAGGUGCAGACCAGGCUUCAUUGGUAUCAAAUGUGAGCUCAACUUGGAUGAAUGUGCAUCAACACCUUGUCAAAAUAAAGGAAGGUUAGUUUGCUAUUAUACAAUAUUGA